AAUCUACUACAUCACAUAUGUCUUAUGAAGUUGAUAAGAUGUGGUCUUUACGUGUUUGCUGAAUGAUGCAAUUUUUUUGUGAAACAUGUUACUAUCACUAAUCAACAGUAUUUUGAGCAUAAAGAAUAGCAGUCAACAACUAUUGGAAGACAUGAGGGUGGUGUGACAACAAUUUUGUACAAGUAUUAAAUUUGAAGAAGUCUGAUGAUAGACUAGACAUGAUAUGUACCUACUUUGACAUGCUCUUCAAUACCUUUUUGUCAUUUUAAUAUGUGUGGUCUUGUGUCGUUCUUUCCUAGUCCUCAGUUUUGGAAAACAUUGAGUACUUUCACAUGCACAUAGAAACCUGAUAUUAAAUAGUUCUGUAGGCUUGGUGUAUGUCGAUUGUUUACUGAGAUGUUAUUUAGGUAUCACAGACGAAUCUUGAUUGAAUGGAUUGGAGAUCCCAGUGGGGAACUUGAUUUUGCUGAAGAGAUAUUAGAAAAUGAUGCAAAGAACUAUCAUACUUGGAGUCACAGACAAUGGUUGAUUAAGCAGUUUCAUUUGUGGGAUGGAGAGCUGGAUUAUGUUGAUAGCUUACUGCAUCAAGAUCUGAGAAAUAACUCAGCUUGGAAUCAACGCCAUUUUGUCAUUAGCGGUACAACUGGGUGGACACAAGAUGUGCUAGAGCAAGAUGUCAGUUAUGUUCUUGGAUUCAUCAAGAAGGCACCAAAUAACGAAAGUGCAUGGAAUUAUCUAUCUGGAAUUUUAGAUGACCAAAGGAAGAGCACAUAUGGUAGUCUUAAAGAGAUUUGCUUAGGCAUGUUGUCUGAUCACAUACGAUCUCCCCACCUGUUGUCUUUUCUUGUUGAUACAUAUGAAGAAGAAGCAUUAGAUAGUAAAAAUAUGUGCAGGGAAGAAAGUUUGUCUCAAGCCAUACAGUUGUGCAGACAGCUUGGAUCAGAUGUGGACACUAUAAGAAGAAAGUACUGGGACUAUAGAGGCCGGAAACUAGAACAGAAGUCUAGAGAAUUACAGACUGAUAAUGAUAGUAUUGAAUAGUUGCUUGUUUGCCAUGCCAAAUUGGUAGCACAGUACCAUAAUGGUGAUGUCCGGUAGACGAUGG